AUGUCCGGAAUCGGUAAUAUGGGCAAGCAUGCCCUCAGAGUCGCAAAAAACUACACGAAGGGCUACUCCGAUACUCAAACAAAAGUCCGAACUGCGACCUCUAAUGACCCCUGGGGUCCGUCAGGCACUCAGAUGAACGAAAUCGCGACGUUGACGUUCAAUCAGCAAGACUUCAUCGAAAUAAUGGAAAUGCUUGACAAACGACUAAACGAUAAGGGGAAAAACUGGAGGCACGUCUUCAAAGCACUUACCCUACUCGAUUACCUUCUCCACGGUGGAAGCGAAAACGUCGUUCUCUAUUUUCGUGAAAAUGUGUACAUCAUCAAGACACUCAAAGAAUUUCAAUACAUCGACGAAUACGGGAAAGAUCAAGGUGCCAAUGUUCGGCAGAAGGCUAAGGACAUCUCCAAUCUUCUGUCCGACGAAUCACGCCUGCGAGAAGAAAGGCGGACCAGAGCCCACAUGCGUGAUCGAAUGGUUGGCCGACGAAAUAGCCAUGAUGACGAGAACGACAUGCCCCGCCGGGCGAGGAGUGUACCACCCAGCCGCCAUCCUAACAACAUGGAAGACUCCGAACUGCAACGUGCUCUCGAACUGUCUAAACUUACCGCUGCUCAGGAGGCCGAACGAAACAAAAAAGUGCCUACCGACCCGGAACUAGAAGAAGCCAUGCGAUUGAGUCGAGAAGAGGAAGCCAAGAGACUCCAGAACCAAACUGAUCCUAACGCCUUAGCCCUAUUUGACGAUGGUCAUGAACUACACAACAACAACGCAGGUCAGAUCGACUUGAUUGAUACCUCGAUUCCCAUCCAACAGACUGGCUAUCAGCCUCAAUUCGCCUCCUUCAAUCCUUAUGCCCAACAACAAGAAGAAUUCAUGCGACAGCAACAGAUGCAGGCACAGCAGCAGCAACAGGCGAUGGAAGAACAAGCCCGUUACGAAGCAAUGAUGAUGCAACAGCAGCAGCAACAGAUGCUAAUGCAACAACAGCAACAACAAAUGUUAAUGGCUCAGCACACCGCCGUCCAACCGAUCCAGCCGCAAAUGACCUCGUACGGCUCGAACAACCCGUUUGCACAGUUCUCACAGCCCGGCCCGAUGAUUCACCAAACGAACCCGAUGACACAGAGUCUGCCCGCACGUGCGCCCUCAGCCCCGCCGUCGUCGUUCAACUUCAACGAUUAUGCCAGCCUCAACAGCCCCUCCUCCGCUCGUCCGCCCCCCAUGCCCGCCCAAACGGCAUCCAACGCAGAAGCUUUCAGCCGCCCAGCGCGCGACACAACCCACUCUGCCCCGCCUAAAGACGACGGCCAGCACGCCAAAUUGGCUUCGCUACUGGCUGCUGGUGGCGGGGUUGAUACCUUUGGUAAUGAAGGCACGAUGAGAGUCCCGGUAGGAUCUCCUUUCCACCCUUCCAAUCGGUUAGCGGCUCAGAAAACGGGAGCGGAGGCUGGUCCAUCGUCGUCGGCCUCGAACCCGUUCAUGAUGAACCAACAACGUCAACAGCCUCAACAACAAGCUGAGAACCCAUUCUUUACGAUUUGA